AUGAUUAGCGCCCGACUCUGUCAAGUCUCUUUAGCAAGUCCUAUGGCUAAAUCUUUGCCUGUCGUAAAAACCAUAAUAUCAAUUAGACCUAUCAAUGUAUUUAAAGUUUCUCCGAUCAUACGAAACGAUGGCAUUCGAAAAUUUAUGAAUAACUCUAGAGAAAGAUUAUCGCAUGCAGCGAGAAGAAAAACAUUGAGAGAAGAAGCAUUUUCACCCGCUGGAGAUACUGCUUUUUCAAUUGGAAAAGGAGCCUUAGCUGGUUCUUCUGUUUUAGGAAUUGGUGCACUCUGCUAUUACGGCCUUGGUUUGUCCUCUCAAGCAGGUUCCAUUGAAAAAUCUGUAUUAUGGCCUCAAUAUGUAAAGAACAGAAUUAAAGACACUUAUAUGUAUUUUGGUGGAUCUAUUGCAAUAUCUGCAGCUAGUGCUGCUGCCGUGUUUUCAACCCCAGCUCUUUUACAAUUGGUUACAAGAGGUGGAAUUAUGUCUAUGGUAGUUACUCUUGGCGCACUAAUUGGAAGUGGAAUGAUAGUUCAAAGUAUUCCUUACUCACCUGGAUUUGGUGCCAAACAAUUGGCAUGGAUAGGUCACUCUGCUUUAAUUGGUGCUGUAUUGGCUCCAAUGGCAUUUUUGGGUGGACCCAUAUUACUAAAAGCUGCAUGGUACACAGCUGGAGUUGUAGGAGGAUUAUCAGCUAUUGCAGUCUGCGCUCCAAGUGAAAAAUUUUUACAAAUGGGUGGACCAUUGGCUAUUGGAUUAGGAGUUGUUUUCGCUUCUUCAAUCGGAACUAUGUUUUUACCACCAACAACAGUACUCGGUUCCAGUUUACAUUCAAUCGCUUUAUAUGGAGGAUUAAUAUUAUUUUCUGGCUUUUUGUUGUAUAACACUCAAAGGAUAAUUCAUACAGCUGAAAAUUAUCCACCAGAUUACACCGGAGUUAGGCCUUUCGAUCCUGUUAACAUGUCAGUUUCAAUUUAUUUAGAUACUGUUAACAUCUUCAUCAGAAUAGCUACAAUUUUAGCCGGAGGUGGUGGAAACAAAAAGCGUUAA